ACAACAACAAGGAACGCACCGAGAACUCGACAGAACAAAAAGAAAAUAGAAAGAAGCGGAGAUGACUGCCGGCAAACCAAUCAACGAACGGACAGCACUCCUACGACACCCACUACCCCAGAUACUCAAGCAUCAUAGCAGUCCAGCAGGAGAACUACUCCCCCAAACUCCAUCCACUCAACCACCGCUCAUCUCUCACUCCAACUUCCAUCUCACAAACGCGUAUCAUCUGGCCGGAUUAGUUAAUGAUCAGGGCGGGGAGUAUGAGAAAUAUAGGAAAUCUGCCGAGGAACUCAAACAACUGUCGAGUAAGGCUAGGCAAUUCUACGAGCGGCAGAACGAGAUUCUGGAUUAUUUCCAAGAGAUAGAUUCGGUUCUCGACAGUUCGCGUCGAAGGUCGAGUGCCGGAGUGACUCCAGAGCGGAGGAGGAGCGAAGGAUUGAUCGAGCCUCAUGAUCUGGAAGCUGAUCCGCUAUUGGAUCACGAGCAACGGCCCGGUGAACCGGUGGAAUGUGCUCAUAAAUUGGAUCGCGAACGCAAAGAGAGUCUCAGCGUUAGACGGACGAUUAGUAUCAACUUCUUUAUCAAUUUCCUUCUGCUGGCUGGAAAGAUCGUUGUAGCUUUACUCUCGAACUCGAUCUCCUUAAUUGCCUCCUUGGUCGAUAGCGCCAUGGACUUCCUAUCAACUGCUAUCAUCUGGUGGACAAAUCGUAAAAUCGAUAGCAAAAGUUGGCAAUCCAUUUGGCAGUACCCUGCCGGAAAAAGACGGAUGGAGCCAAUGGGCGUAGUGGUAUUCUCGGUGUUCAUGAUCUCCUCAUUUGUCCAAGUCUUAGUGGAAUCGAUCGAGCGACUGUUUGCCGGAUCAAACGCCGGGAUCAGCAUCCCCUUCACCUCGAUGAUCGUCAUGUGGGUCACCAUCCUCGUCAAAGGCGUCGUAUGGCUCUGGUGUCGUAGGAAGAAAAAUACUAGUGUCAAGGCGUUGGCUCAAGAUGCUGAAAACGAUUGUAUCUUAAACAUCUUCUCACUUCUGUUUCCUUACAUUGGCCUCAAAUUCAAUCUGCCUUGGCUGGAUGCGGUUGGCGGAUUAAUCCUAUCACUAUACAUCAUUACCGAAUGGACGGGGACGUUAUUUGACAAUGUCAAGAAUCUGACUGGUCGCCGAGCCGACCCAAUCCAGCACCAACGAGUAGCCUAUUUGGUCACCCGCUUCUCGCCUUUGAUCCAGGCUGUCCAGCACUGCCAUGUCUAUCAGGCUGGCGAUGACUUGAUUGUUGAGACAGAUGUGAUUCUCUCACCCGAAACCCCACUGCCUGUUGCUCACGAUGUCGGUGAAUCGGUACAAUAUGCCCUUGAGUCGCUUGAUGGGAUUUCACGAGCUUAUUGUCAUGUGGAUUUUAGUAGUAAUCCGAUGUCUGGUCACUUUCAACGAUAGACUUAAGCUUCUCGAUAUAGAUUUCUUCAAUACGUUCGGAUCGCUUCCUUCCCAUAAAUAAGUUGCAAAGUUUUUCCGCUUCUUUCUUAAUUUCAUCGUCAUUAUCAUCACUCGCAAUAUCUUCGCAAAAUAGAUUUGAUCCUUUUUGUUUCGUUAAUAUCAAUCAACUCCCAUCGUCAUCAUCCAGACGUGCUGAGUUACCCAUUCAUCUGCCGUUUGGUUGAUCUUUCCCAUUGUUGUACUCCUACUCUCCCCUCCCAACAAAAAGCCCCAACAUGUCUGCGGUAGAUGCAUUGAAAGAUUCAACUUGUAGUUCCAUCAACUUAUCAAGAUUUGUAACCUUCUGUUGCCAUGCUUGAAUGCGUCUUAAUUUGCAUUUUUUUUUUCUGUUGUUGUUUGGUCACCUCUCCAGUACAAAACCAAUAUUAGAUUGAAGCUUGGUCAGUUCUACACCCUGCAGAGGAUUGAAUUACAUAUUUUCUGGAAGACUAAAUUGUUUCUUUCUUGAUACCACCUGAGCGAGUUCAAGGAGAACCCGUAACCCACCCCGCCAGUGAAGGGGUUACUAUUUUGAGAGGAGAGCAAAAACAAAGAUUAUUUGGGAUAGUGCUAUUUUCAAGAACGAUGGUAACCAAAUAAAUAAUAAUAAUAAUAACAUUAACGUCUGCGUUUAUGGACUGUUAACUUUUUUUUUAAAAAAAUUGCCUAGGUGGCAUUCAAGCCCCAUUGCUUCCAAUGACGCAGAGUAAGGAAAGGUGAGUUGUACGUAUGAUCAUGCAAGGGUUGGAAUAAUUCGAUCUGAUGUCGUUUCAAGCACUCUUGGAUUUGCAAUGAAGAAAGAGUAGAAGUUUGGCCAAGAUAGCACUCUGUGAACGAUUUGACGGUGGAGUAGCGGAAGACCAUGGCCAGUUGGAUAGAGUAUUGGAGCUGAGAGAUCAGGGUGGUCAAGUGGAGAUUGGGAUUGCAUGAUCGAGCACCUUUGUAGAAGGAGAGCGCAACGAAUUGUUCGAGAGCUGAUAGGACGGGCGGAAGGUCGAUCUGAUUGGAAAAUGAAACAAAUUGGAUGACGAGCCGGUCGAUCGAUUUGAAGAGAAUCUCGAUGGAAGUAUCGUAGGUCUGGGCCGUGCGGAAGAACUCGGAGAGGAGAUCC